AUGAAAAUUCAAAUUUCAAUCGCCUUUAGUUGCUUAAUUGCUUCAACUUUGGGAAACCUACUCCCACUGGACGACAACUACAUCAAUCGAGUUGUUGGAGGCCACGAGGCUGCUGAUGGUUCAGUACCAUUUCAAGUAUCGCUGCAGGGUCUCUUUGGACACUCUUGUGGGGGAGCUAUUAUUGGCAAUCAAUGGGUUUUGACCGCUGCCCAUUGUGUUGUUGGGGCUAAUCUCUCGCAAUUGCGCGUUCUAGUCGGAACCAACAGCCUUAAAGAAGGGGGUCAGAAAUACAAAGCGGAGAAAUUCAUAGUGCAUAGCCGAUACAAUAAACCGAGCUUUCACAAUGACAUCGCUUUGGUUAAACUGCAAUCAAAGCUCGAAUUCAGCGAUAACGUCAGUGCCGUCGAGUAUUCAGAAAAAGUAGUUCCCGAGAAUGCCAACUUGACAUUAACUGGAUGGGGAAGAACAUCCAGCAACGGCCCCAUACCCACCAAAUUGCAGACGAUCGAUCUCAAAUAUGUGCCCUACGAAGAGUGCAAACGUCUACAUGGUGAUGCCCCAGAAGUCGACAUCGGACACGUGUGUACAUUCACCAAGGCAGGAGAGGGUGCUUGUAACGGCGACUCUGGCGGUCCGCUGACAUACGAAGGAAAACUUGUUGGAGUAGUCAACUUUGGAGUCCCAUGUGCUAAAGGUUUUCCGGAUGCGUUCGCUCGAGUCUCCUACUAUCACGACUGGAUUCGUACGAAUGUUAACAACAACUCUUAA